AUGCUACUGUCUUAUACAGUGCUGGAAACCCGGCCCGAGGAGCCCAUCGCCUUCUUGGCGCACUACUUUGAAAACAUGGGUCUGCGUUCGCCGGCCAACGGAGGCGCCGGGGAGCCCCCGGGCCAGCUCCUCCUGCAGCAGCAGCGCCUGGGCCGCGCGCUGUGGCACCUUCGCCUGGCUCACCACUCGCAGAGGACGGCCUUCAAUAAUAACGUGAGCGUGGCCUAUGAGUGCCUGAGUGCCAGCGGCCGAAAGAAGAAGCCGGGGCUGGACGGGCGUACGUACAGCGAGCUGCUGAAGCGCGUUUGCAGGGACGGCGGGGCACCUGAGGAGGUGGUGGCGCCGCUGCUGCGCAAGAUCCAGUGCCGGGACCAUGAGGCUGUGCCUCUGGGCAUCUUCCGAACCGGCAUGCUGUCCUGCUUCGUGCUGCUGGAAUUCGUGGCGCGCGCCGGCGCCCUCUUCCAGCUGCUGGAGGACCCUGGUCUAGCGGUGGCCGAUAGGCGUGUGGGCCAGGCCGUGCUGGACACGCUCGAGGGCGCGCUGAGCGCAGGAGACCUGGCAACGGCGCCCACACACUACCUGGAGGCUGGUUCCCGCCUGGGCCCCGACAGCCUUGCGCGUGCCCUGGAUAGGGCGGCGAGCGGGCGACGACCCAGCGCACCCAUGGCCCGCGAGGAGUUCCUGGAGAAGGCUGCAGCCCUCUUCAUCGCCAAGGUCAAGCCGGUGGGCUAAACCCACAACGCACCCACACUCUGCCCUCUGGAAGGUGUGAACUUGGUACCUGCAAACUGAUGUCCCUGCAUUCUGCACCGGGUCAUCACCCAGGAAGGGAGACCUGCUGUACUGGCCUGCCUACCCCACUCACAGAAAUAAAAUCUAAAAAGACCCGGC